GUUGACAGAUGACCGUUAGGCGGCGCUUCUGAUUAAAAAUAUGGGGAAAAUAAUAAUUUUAAAUCCAAAUAAAACUCAAAUUCGUUUUCAUAAAAAUAACACGAAAUAAUGGAUUAAUUCGUAUUUAACAGUAUUUAAUUCGCGCUAAUUCCCCGACUAUUGCUUUAUUAUUCUGAGUUUUAGUGUUACAUAUAGAUAACAUAGGAUAAGAUAACACUAAACAUGUCCGAUUCCAUUGUCGUUGUUGGUUCUUGCAUGAUAGAUUUCGUUAGUUACGCGCCGCGUUUACCUAAAAAAGGCGAAACCAUUCAUGGCACCAAAUUCGUUACAAAUUUUGGAGGCAAAGGGGCCAACCAGUGCGUCGCUGCAGCCAAGCUAGGGGGUAAAACCACUCUAAUUGCCAGAGUGGGAGAUGAUGUAUGGGGUGAAAGAUAUAUCGCCAAUUUAAAAGAUCAAAAUGUUGAGACUAAAUACGUGAAAAAAACGCCGAAUUUUUCCAGCGGAAUCGCACAAAUUACCGUUUCUGAAAUUGGUGAUAAUCAAAUUGUUAUUGUAGCAGGUGCUAAUAAAGAAUUGAGCGUUGAAGAUGUCGAAUUGGCCAAAAAUGACAUAAUUUCGGCUGGUGUUGUGGUCAUGCAACUUGAAACUUCACCUAAAGUUGCCAUAAAGGCCAUGCAGUUGGCAAAAGGGAUAUCAAUUUUAAAUGGAGCGCCUGCUUUGAGACAGUACGACCCUAAAUUACUCCAAUUACCAACUAUUUUUUGUGUCAAUGAAACGGAAGCUUCAGAAUUUACUGGACUACCAGUUACUACAAAACAAGAGGCAGAAGCGGCCGCGCACGCCUUAAUAUCCAAAGGUUGCAACAGCGUGGUUUUAACCUUAGGCGCCGAGGGGGCUUUAUAUCUUGCAAAAAAUUCAAAUUGUAUUUUCCUUACAUGUCCUGCCGUCCAAAGUGUUGACUCCACUGGUGCCGGCGAUGCGUUUAUAGGUGCCUUGGCUUAUCUUCUAGCGAAUAAUCCCAAUUUACCAAUGGAAAAUAUCCUCAGAAGUGCAUGUUUUAUCGCCUCGGACAGUGUCACACGAUCGGGGACACAAAUUAGUUUCCCGGGCCAAGAAAUUUUGAGUAGAUGUACUUAAUUUACAAGUUUAAAAUUAAUUGCAAAUUUUCUAAAUAAAGCCAUACUCUUGCUUUUA